GUUCGGUUAACAGCCAGUUGGGUCAAAUUCGUGAAACGUUCGCUUCCUCCUCAGAGAUCCCGUCCUCCUCCGCCCACGGCGGUGAUAUCCUCUGCGGCUCAACCUCCGGCCAUGGAAUCUCUCCGGCAGAGUCUCAACCCCAACAAGUUGCUCAAAGAAGAGUUCGUGAGCAAUCUUACGGGAUCUUCUAUGCUGGAGGUCGCCGCUCUCUCUACGAUAAUUCCUGGUUUGGUAGUCCUUCGCCAAUGGAGCAGCUUUUCCCGAGUGAAUGUGAAGAUCAAUGUUGAGGCUUCCACGCCAAAAAAGGAUGGCUGUGUAGCUCCUCACCGUAGAGAUUUUAGAAGCUAUGCAGUUUCACUCAGUGUUGAUUAUUUGUGCAUUGUUCUUCCGGUUCUUCUGAUCCUCACGAUUCUUGCUGAAUGGGUUCAUAUGUUCACAUUGCUGCUAAUAGUUGUCCUACUUCUGUGCAUAUCAGCUAAAGGUUCUUCAUAUAUUCAUCUUAAAGGAGAACAGUUAUCUUCUUUGCGGGCAACUAUUACAUCAUAUCGAGUAUUGGUGGUCAUCAUGACAUGCUUGAGUAUAUUAGCUGUGGACUUUAAAAUCUUCCCCCGGCGUUAUGCAAAGACUGAAACAUAUGGUACUAGUAUGAUGGAUCUGGGAGUUGGAUCAUUUGUCAUCGUUAAUGCAUUAGUUUCAAGAAAAGCACGGAAUUCUAUCUCAAUGAAUUGGAUGGCAACACUCAAGUCUACAAGCCCACUAAUAUUGCUAGGAUUUGGACGACUCAUUUCUACAACAGGUGUAGAUUAUCAGGCACAUGUGGGAGAAUAUGGUGUCCAUUGGAACUUCUUUUUCACCCUUGCUGCAGUGUCUUUACUUUCAUCAUUAUGUGACAUUGAUCCCAAGUACUGUGGGAUAGUUGGUUUGCUAAUUCUUGUAGGGUACCAGGCAUGCUUGUUAUAUGGGUUAAAUGUAUACUUGCUCUCAAAUGAAAGGAUGGCUGAUAUAGUCAGCCAAAAUAAGGAAGGUCUAUUCAGUAUAUUUGGGUACUGGGGUAUGUAUCUGAUUGGUGUGCAUCUAGGCCACUAUAUUCUCUUUGGAAAUCAUUCAUCUUUAAAGGCUAGAAACAUUCAAGCUACAAGAGCUACUGUUUGGAUCGUUUGUGUUUUGUUUUGGUUUUUAACUAUCAUUCUUGACAAGUAUGUGGAAAGAGUUUCUCGGCGGAUGUGCAACCUAGCAUAUGUUACGCAGGUCAUAGCUCAGAAUUUUCAGGUCCUAUCAAUUCUCACACUAUCAGACUUCAUUCCCUACGAAAAGUCUUUAGCCAUUGAAGAAGCAUUUAACCAAAAUCUUCUGGGUUCAUUUCUUAUGGCAAAUGUCCUCACUGGUCUAGUAAACUUGUCCAUGGAUACCCUAUCAGCUUCCCCUGUAACAUCAUUUACUGUCUUAUUGGGUUACUCUUUUCUUCUAUCUUUUGUUACUUCAAUUCUCUGGUUCUGUGGCAUCAAAAUUAAAUUUUGGUAGAUGUUUUGUGUAAAUAUGUUGAAGCAUAAUAAACCAAUGGCUGAACAUUUUCUUGUCUGCUGUAUUGACUUCUGGAAGUUGAACAAUUAAAUGACUUGGCGUGUUGUUAAAUUGUUCAAUGCCAUUUAUCUUGAUUUCAGAUUGAGCACUGCAUGUUAGUUCUCAUACUUGAUUUUUAGUAAAAAAAAGGAGACUAUUCUUAUAUCUAAAUUGUUCAAAUGGCUGCUUCUAUUUUGAUUAUUAUCAAAGAGGUGGUUCAUCACCUCUAAUAUGCCCAUUAAACGUCUUUUAAGUACUGGUUAGAUUUAUAUUAUUUUCUUUGAGGUUGGAUAGUUAAAAAUAUAAUCAUAUUUUGUCAAAAUAUUGUAUUGUACAUCCAUACAGAGCUUGAGGCAGUGAUCGCAUGAUACGUGGUGAGUGCUUUUCUUUAGUUUGGAAUAAACAAUGCCCUUUAGCCAUUUAUGAACAUUGGCUCAUUUACAUGCAGACGGCUGAGAUGAUACAGGAAAAUUUAUGGCCCAAUCCACUGAAGCACUUCAACAAU